AUGACCUUUCACUGGAGCAUAGGACUUCUUGGACAUCAGGCAGUUCAUACUGGGGAGAAAUCUUAUGAAUGUAAUAUAUGUGGGUUGGCUUUCUUUGAGAGAAAGUCACUUGCUCAGCAUCAAAGGAUUCAUACUGGAGAGAAACAUUAUGAAUGUAAUGUGUGUGGGAAGACUUUCUUCAAGAGGAAAUCCCUUACUCAGCAUCAGCGAAUUCUCACUGGAAAGAAACCCUAUGAAUGUAACGAAUGUGGGAAGGCCUUCUUCUGGAAGACUGGUUUUGUUUGCCACUGGAUAGUUCAUACUGGAGAGAAACCUUAUAAAUGUAAUGGAUGUGGGAAGGCUUUCUCUCGCAAGGCAGGACUUACUCAACAUGGGACAAUUCAUAUUGGAGAGAAACCGUACAAAUGUAACAAAUGUGGAAAGGCCUUCCAGCACAGCACACGUGUUGCUCAACAUCAGAGUGUUCAUACUGGACAGAAACCUUAUGAGUGUUACAAAUGUGGAAGGUCUUUCUCCUGGAAAACAGGACUUAUUCAACAUGAGAGAAUUCACACUUGA